UUUCUCAUCCCGUCCAUCGGCCUCUGAGAGCCGUGCCUGCCCCUGCCUCUCCAAGAUGGUGCGGAGUCCGGCUCUUCUCCCCCGAGGUCCGCGGUGAUUUACCCUGCGCGACAGCUCCGAGCUGCGCUCGCGCUUUUCAGCUCCAGCGUGUGCCUGGCGCCCUCCCCAGACCAGGCGGCACAGAGCGUCCAGAGACCCGGCCAAGGGCAGGACCUGCAGCAGCGCCCGCCCGGCCUGCUCACGGACGUCAGCUCCAAGGGCGUGGCAGGGCGGGGUCCCCUGCGCCCCAGUAGACGACGCUCAGGUCCUGGGUGACCACUUUCCGAGGGAGCCCGCCAUCCCCUGUGGCAGUUAUUUGGAGAGCCGGAGCGGGGGCGCAGGGCCGGAGGGCUCCCCGCGGCCGCCCCCCAGGGUCCUCCGGGAGCCGAGUCCUGCUGGAGCAGGAGCGCCCGGGAGCGAGAGGAGGGCGGAGGAAAGUUGAGGGUCAGGGGGCCGCGGAGCCGGGAGCGCGGAAGCCGGGGCCGGUGUCCGCGCCUCAUGAAUAUGCAGGAGCCGCCUCCCUCCCUCCGUGACGUCACGGGCCGUCCCGGGGUGAGCGCCGGAGCAGCUCGGGGUCCGCGCCAGUGAGCGCGGCUGCUGCCGGCGGGCGAGCGGCGCGGCGGCGGGUGGGCACCGAGGCCGAGCGCGGCGGCGCCGACGCGCACCGAGCGGGCAGGGCGAGGCGGCGCGGCCCGGCGGGCACCGGAGGCGAAGCCGGCGCGGGCAGCAGGCGGCAGCGGCAGCUGGUCGGCGGCGGCGGCGAGGAUGCUGCCUGGGAGGCUGUGCUGGGUGCCGCUCCUGCUGGCGCUGGGCGUGGGGAGCGGCAGCGGCAGCGGCGGCGGCGGCGGCGGCGGGGGCAGCCGGCGGCGCCGCCUCCUCGCGGCUAAAGUCAACAAGCACAAGCCAUGGAUCGAGACUUCGUAUCAUGGAGUCAUAACUGAGAACAAUGACACAGUCAUUUUGGACCCACCACUUGUAGCCCUGGAUAAAGAUGCACCAGUUCCUUUUGCAGGGGAAAUCUGUGCAUUCAAGAUCCACGGCCAGGAGCUGCCCUUUGAGGCCGUGGUGCUCAACAAGACAUCAGGAGAGGGCCGGCUCCGGGCCAAGAGCCCCAUCGACUGCGAGCUGCAGAAGGAGUACACGUUCAUCAUCCAGGCCUAUGACUGCGGCGCGGGGCCCCGGGAGACGGCCUGGAAGAAGUCGCACAAGGCUGUGGUUCACAUCCAGGUGAAGGACGUCAAUGAGUUUGCUCCCACCUUCAAAGAGCCGGCCUACAAGGCCGUCGUGACGGAGGGCAAGAUCUACGACAGUAUCCUGCAGGUGGAGGCUGCCGACGAGGACUGUUCACCCCAGUACAGCCAGAUCUGCAACUACGAGAUCGUCACCGCUGAUGUGCCUUUUGCCAUUGACAGAAAUGGCAACAUCAGGAACACUGAGAAGCUGAGCUAUGACAAGCAGCACCAGUAUGAGAUCCUGGUGACCGCCUACGACUGCGGACAGAAGCCGGCUGCUCAGGACACCCUGGUGCAGGUGGACGUGAAGCCAGUUUGCAAGCCUGGCUGGCAAGACUGGACCAAGAGGAUUGAGUAUCAGCCGGGCUCGGGGAGCGUGCCGCUGUUCCCCAGCAUCCACCUGGAGACGUGCGACGGGGCCGUGUCCUCCAUCCAGAUCACCACAGAGCUACAGACCAAUUACAUCGGCAAGGGCUGUGACCGGGAGACCUACUCGGAGAAAUCCCUUCAGAAAUUAUGUGGAGCCUCCUCUGGCAUCAUUGACCUCUUGCCAUCCCCCAGCACUACCACCAACUGGACCGCAGGACUGCUGGUGGACAGCAGCGAGAUGAUCUUCAGGUUUGAUGGCAGGCAGGGUGCCAAGAUCCCUGAUGGGAUCGUGCCCAAGAACCUGACGGACCAGUUCACCAUCACCAUGUGGAUGAAACACGGUCCCAGCCCUGGCGUGAGAGCCGAGAAGGAAACCAUCCUCUGCAACUCAGAUAAAACCGAAAUGAACCGGCACCACUACGCCCUGUACGUGCACAACUGCCGCCUCGUCUUCCUCCUGAGGAAGGACUUCGACCAGGCCGACACCUUCCGCCCCGCAGAGUUCCACUGGAAGCUGGACCAGAUUUGUGACAAAGAGUGGCAUUACUAUGUCAUCAAUGUGGAGUUUCCUGUGGUUACUUUAUACAUGGAUGGAGCAACGUAUGAACCAUACCUGGUGACCAACGAUUGGCCCAUUCAUCCAUCUCACAUAGCCAUGCAACUUACAGUCGGCGCUUGUUGGCAAGGAGGAGAAGUGGCCAAACCACGUUUUGCCCAGUUCUUCCACGGCAGCCUGGCCAGUCUGACCAUCCGCCCUGGCAAAAUGGAGAGUCAGAAGGUGAUUUCCUGCCUGCAGGCCUGCAAGGAAGGGCUGGAUAUUAAUUCCCUGGAAAGCCUCGGCCGAGGAAUAAAGUAUCACUUCAACCCCUCGCAGUCCGUCCUGGUGAUGGAAGGGGACGACAUUGGGAACAUCAACCGUGCCCUCCAGAAGGUCUCCUACAUCAACUCCAGGCAGUUCCCGACCGCGGGUGUGCGGCGCCUGAAGGUCUCUUCCGAAGUGCAGUGCUUUGGGGAAGACGUGUGCAUCAGCAUCCCCGACGUGGACGCCUACGUGAUGGUGCUGCAGGCUGUCGAGCCCCAGAUCACCCUCCGCGGCACGGACCGCUUCUGGAGACCCGCUGCCCAGUUUGAAAGUGCCCGUGGGGUGCUCCUCUUCCCCGACAUCAAGAUUGUGAGCACCUUCGCCAAAGCCGAGGCCCCGGGGGAUUUAAAGACCACAGCCCCCAAAUCAGCAGUCUUGGACGAAAUGCUUCACAACUUAGAUUUCUGUGACAUUUUGGUGCUGGACGGGGACUUGGACCCGAGACAGGAGUGCUUGGAGCUCAACCACAGUGAGCUCCACCAGCGACACCUGGACGCCACCAACUCCACCGCGGGCUACUCCAUCUAUGGUGUGGGCUCCCUGAGCCGCUAUGAGCAGGUGCUGCAUCACAUCCGUUACCGCAACUGGCGGCCGGCCUCCCUCGGGGCCCGGCGCUUCAGGCUCAAGUGCUCGGAGCUCAACGGGCGCUACACCAGCAAUGAGUUCAACCUGGAGGUCAGCGUCCUCCACGAGGUCAGAGUUUCAGACGAGGAGCACGUCAACCACCUGAUCGUGCAGCCUCCCUUCCUCCAGUCCGUCCACCACCCUGAGUCCCGGAGUAGCAUCCAGCGCAGUGCAGUGGUCCCGAGCAUCGCCACAGUGGUCAUCAUCAUCUCCGUGUGCAUGCUGGUGUUCGUUGUGGCCAUGGGCGUGUACCGGGUCCGCGUCGCCCACCAGCACUUCACCCAGGAGACUGAGGCUGCCAAGGAGGCCGAGAUGGACUGGGACGACUCUGCGCUCACCAUCACAGUCAACCCCAUGGAGAAACAUGAAGAACCAGGGCGAGGGGAAGAUGAGACGGAGGACGAGGAGGAGGAGGAGGAAGUGGAGGAAGACCUAAGCUCCAGCAGCAGCGACUCCGACGACAGCGACGAGGAGGAAGAGGAAGGGCUGGGCAGGGGCAGACGUGGGCAGAGCGGAGCCAGGCAAGCCCAGCUGGAGUGGGACGACUCCACCCUCCACUACUAGUGCCCGGCUGUCUGCGCCCGCCCACCGGUCCCUUUUGUAAGCCCCACCCCGAUGUAUGCCCGAGUCUAUCACACGUCGCCUCUGAUUUCUAUGACAGGUCUGGGCAGGCCUUCCCCAGCGUCCUGGAACCCGCCCUGUAAGCCUUGGGCACUCCCUGUGUCCCAGCCCUGGGGUGGUUUCAAGAAGCCCCGUGUCAUCAUCAGUGGGGACUUCAGGGUGGACUUUGUCCUGUAGCCCCCACUUCUCCAGCCCUGGGCUCACCCAGCACCCUGUCUGCCAAGCUGCAGAGUCCUGCCUUGGCUCUUCUCUGCAAGGGAGAAGGUCAGCCUUCGUGUCGCUUCCCUCCCCUGGGCCCCAUGUUCCCAGUGCCCUGGAUUCCAGCUCACUGUGCGUGCGCCUGACUCGGUCAUCUCUCUCUACACAGACCGGCAGGUUCUCCUUACCUGACUUCAGGUGGCUUUCUAAGGCGGGGCAGUCAGACUUCACACACCCGAGGUCUUAGUCCUUAAUGCUUUAGAGGAACGUCCUUGUUGAGGCAGAAUUAUUUACAAAAGGUUGACACGCACAUACGCACGCGCGCGCGUGUGCGCAUGCUCUCCCCGGUCUGAAGAGCCUUUCCCUUUGUCCUUUCUGAGGCCACAUAAGCUUAGAUGAAAAGUCUGAAAGCAAGAAUAGGUCCUUGGCCACAGCAGGGCCUGGUCCCCAACCAAAGCUGUCUGAGAAGCUGCCUGCCUGGCAGCCACGGAGCCCCGCAUGGCCGUCCUGCUGGGCACUGCCCCAGGUGACAGCUGUGACAAGCCUGCAUCCAGGGAUCAGAAGGAGCGCUGAUGAGAUGACACAACUGGGCUUCAUGGUGGCCACAGAUCUGGGAGACGGGGCUGGCUGGGCCCACCUAGGCCAGAAGGGGGCCCGAGGUUGACAAGACUCUCAGCACCUAGUCUUAUGGUCCCUUGUCCCCUAUUUCACACUGUUUUGCCUCUUGAAAAAAACACAUUCUUCUUGGAUAUAUUAGAACAAGUGUGAACUGUGCCGCAUCUAAAAUGAAAGUUUGGAGAUUUAACGGCUAGGAAUUAGAGAUAGAUUUGCAAUCAUAACAGCUUCUUCUUUCUUCUUCUCAUAAAAGGAGCAAUGCUUUGGGUGGAGGGCAAAUAUAUCCAAAAACCUCAUUUCUUUCUUUCUUCUUUUUUUAAUAAGGAAAUCUUUUCUAUCUCCAUCCUAACAUGGACACCUCGUGAAGAGAAUUGUUGCUAUAGUAACUGGUCUGUGAUCUUUUGUGGCAAGAGAAUAGCAGGAAGAAUUAGGGCCGGGCCACGUAGGCCUUCCAUGAGGCCUGGGGACGUCUUUCUUCCUAAUGUCUCGGGCUUUGUCCUCAGUAUGUAUGCUCUGUCCCCCUCCUCCCACCCUCCCAUUCUACGCCCUGCAUCAUCGAAACAGAGAAACGUAAGAAAGGGGACAGCUGUCAGUGUCCUCUAGUCUGACCUCCACCCAGUAAGGAUCCAUAACAGGCCUUUGCAAGCUUCUGAUUCGAGAAAACUACAUUACGCAGCUUUUUCCAUCACCAAAAGUGUCUUUGAGCCUCACAAUAAUUCUGAUGUAGUUGGGACAUCUGUUAUCAGACACGUUUUCAUGAGGAGCAAACCGAGGUUCAGAGUUUCAGUGUCUUGCUCAGAGUUAUUCAGAGAUUUAGAUAAGAAGCUGGACCCACCACCCUGAUUCUACUUCUGUUCAUGCUUAUGCAGCUAACAGGCCUUGUGAGGACCUACUAUGUGCUAGGCAUUCUAUCAGCAGCUGUAGGAAGGGGAUAUAGCUGAAUGAUAAGCUCCUCCCCUCAGAGGACUGGACAGUUGCAGAGGAGAAACAGACAGGCAUAGAAAUUAUGCGAGAGACAGACGCAGAGGGAAGAGAAAAGUCACAGAAAGAAGAGGGACACGCUGGCAAACUCAACAGUGCUCUUAUUUUUCCAUUCUUAGGAAAAAACAUUGACAGAAGUUUGGGGUUUUAUAUUCGUUGAAUGGAAAUAGACACGUCUGCGAAUUCUCCCAACCAAAUAGCUCUUUUCUUUCAGGUUCUGUCUGCACAUCUACAAGGAGAAAGUCUGCAGGAUCGGUUAGUCCUCACGAUCCCCUUAGUUAAAUAGAAAGAGAUUCUUCAGUCGGGCAUUUAGGAGCUAACAGAAUUCUCCCAAUAUCACGGCGGUAAAAUGAAUACUUUUAUUUGUUUAAAACCAGUUCUUUUUGAAUUGGAUUUUGACUUAAAAUAUUAAAGUCUGGUGUUUAUGGGAGCACUUUGCCCUGCUCAGUCUUUCAGUUUGGUUGGAGCAGGGAAGGUGUUUCUCAGGCCCUCCAGCUGUCUCCGAUGGCUCUGUCACUUAUUCAUGGUUGAGUAAGCUGUUUGGGGCGUGUGAAAUCUUUACAUACUUUUAGUUUUUUGUGUGGGGAGGGAGCAGGUGAAAGUGACACUUGGCUAGGGCAGCAGAGUUGAAUCAUUUCCAACUGGACUCUUGUCGAGAAACAAUGGGGACACUGAGUCAGAGCACUUUCCAUCAACUCCUGCUGUCAGGUCACGCUCUGCCUGCCAGUUCUGAAGACGAGGCGCUUGAAAGGAUGCUGCUGGGUCAGUGGGCAUCACCAUGUUCCCAAUGCCCAACUCGUCACCAUGGGUGAGAACAAGAAAGGGUGGUUGUAGAAAAGUAGCAGAAGCUUCCGGGCAUGUCCAGGUGAGUGGUGAGCAGUGUAACCUGCCCUCCGCCAGAGAUUCUGACCACAAGUGGAAAAUGUCGUUAAUCAGCCCAGCGUCUUGCAGGCUCCAUAUGCUGGCCUCCAGGAACCAAAACUCCCAGGUGACCCAUACCUUCUGGGGCCUCUCGUCCAGACAUCCACAGCAGCAGAUGUAGGCUUGCACCCAGGAGGAACAGCUGAGUGGUUUGGCCACAGGCCAGACAGUUGCUUAUCUUGCCAAGUGGAUGACCAGAUUCUGCUCUCUCGAGCUGGGAAAUGGAGAGGCUGGCAGCUCUCAAGUGACUCUGUUUAUAGGGCGGAGGAGAAGAGGAGGUUGAGAUAGAAAAGGCCAGGACAGACUGAGUUGCCCAAUGGAGUAAGGCAAUCAGUGAGUUGGUCACCUGUCUUAAAGAAUACUAAAAUAUGUAUUCUAGUAGGUUUAAUCAAAUGCUAUAAAUCUGACCAAGGACCGAAUUCAUCUAGAUACCAAAAAUGAAAUGUCAGUGGGAUCUCAUUUCACUACCACUUUCUUGAAUGGCUGACUCAUCCUAUCAAACAGAGUUUAGACCACCCAUCCCUGCAUGUUGCAAAGGCUGUACCUUGUGGAUGUGACCCCUCCAGGGAGGGGGCUCCUGGUGGGAAGCAGUACCCUCCAUGCCCAUACAGAGAGCAGAGGUCCACAGACUCUCUGUAACAAGCCAGAUAGUAAAUACUUGAGGCUUUGCAGGCCUCUGUUGCCAGUAUUCAACCCUGGCAUUUUAUCGUGAAACCUGCCGCAGACAAUACGCAAAUGAAUGGAUGGAUACGGCUAUGUUCCAACACACUUUAUUUAUGAACCCUAAAAAUGUAGGCAAUUUGAAUUCAUCUUAUUUUUACAUGUCAUGAAAUUUUAUUACUCUUUUGAUUUUUAUUUGCAACCAUUUAAAAAUGGAAAAACCUUUCCGAGCCCACCGGCCAUAUAAAAACUAGCAACUGGCCCGCGUUGGUCCAUGGACCGUAGUUUGCACAGCUCACCAUAAGUGCACGGAAAGUACCCCUCCACUUGCCAAGGGAGAGCAAACUGCUGUCUCAGACCCUCCCUUCAACUACCUGGUGGUCUUUACCUCCAAAAUGGACAACCAACAACUACACAGUCCUUAGCGAAGCUGUUUUAAAAAGUCCAUGUUCCAGGGGCCAAAUGAAAACAAAAACACUUAUCACUUCCCGAAUUGACUCAAAGGCAGGGAAGCAUUCCUCAAGAGCUGCAAGCCCUGUGUCCAGGGACUGACCGAGUGCUGAAUGCUGACCCCAUUUGAGCUGAGAGCUAGCUCCCGGGCCCGGCGCCUUCUCCGCAUGGUUCAGCCUGCAGUGAUUUCUGAGCAGCCAUGCUCAUUAUCUCAACCGAUUUCCAUCUCAGCCGCGCUCAUGCCACUGCUCUAAAAAUGAUCCUAAAGACUUGUGACUGUUUGAAUCAACAGCAACAUAAUCAGUAGAAAGCCCGCCUCAGCACACUUCGAAAUUAGCAGUCUUCUUGGCUCUGUGAUUCAAAAUGAGCAAGAAGAAGAAAAAGAGGACUUUUUCUUAGCCAUCCCCUCAUUUAAAUGAACUAAAUCGCUUUUACAAAAAAAGUGAGGGAAUGGCCUGAUUCUUUGAAAGAAUUUCCCAGUGGAAAGUAGAUGAUUUUCAGGUAAGAUAACUCUCAGACCUGUGGGGGACCCCCAGGCCCCGUGCAAUGUGCUGUCCAGAGUACGGAUGGUACAGGAUUCUCCAUCCGCAUCAGACCUUUAUCGAGGCUGACAAGCCAAAGCCCUUGGCACAAUUUAAUUUUCAUGUACCCAGUUUCCGUUGUCCAGCUGUAGGCGAAGGAAAUGCGCAAUGAGAGUUUUGAAGUCUACUCCAGCCCCUUCAUUUCCCGUCUGUAUUUGCUUUACUUUGUAAAUUCAUUCUAAACCUGCUUUAUAGAUCUUGCUCUGGUUUUCCCUCUGGCACCAACUGGAAGUGGGUGUUGGCUUUAUAAGGGCUGUGGAUUAGAAGCCAAACCUGACUCUAUCCCAGGGAGACAAGAAGAGACGGAAGAAGUUACCUCCACCAGCACCCCGGAAAGCACUCCGACAUCCCCGUCACCAUUGUGAACAGAUGGGAUUCUGUGUUGGCAGCUUUGUUCAAGGUAAUUCAGCAAAUCGUCGCUGAGCGCCCAUGGCGCACCAGGCCCUGUGCCAGGCACAGGGGAAGGAGGAUGGAGGUGGCGUGGCCCUGCCCACGAGGGUCUCCUGGCUCCUGAGCUGUUGGGAUGUUCUCUUUGCAGUGUUGGAGGCAAUCUGAGAGCAGUCAGGACUCUUGCGGACAGAAGUGUGGAGUGGGGAGAGUUGGGUAACCUGCUCUGGCAGUUAUCCACCCUGAGUUGGACGGCAGGUGUAACUCUGGGAGCCCUGGCACACGUUGCUGAGACCAGCUGAGGAGCCCCCAGGGAACCAGGCAAUGUUUCCCUGAAUGUUUCUACUUCUCACCAGCCUGACUCAGUUCACCUAUGGAUGAAAGCUGGUCACCCUGCCCAUCCGGCGGAUAUAACAGGGCUGACGGCUGAGACUCAGUGAAACAAGACCAAAGGAAGUUUUAAGUAUGAACAGCAGGCAAGCAGACCUCAGAAGUAACCCAGGUAGAGGGGCUGGUGUGAGCCAAGGCCCCAAGGCAUGAAAAGCCUGAUGUGAGGGAGCAUCUCUGAGGCCUGAAGUCAGAGCUGCAGAGGGAACAAGGGCCCGACUCUGGAGGACCUGCCAAGGCUUCACACGACACUGUGGAGCAGAGGUUCUCAAGGUGCGUCUCUGAACCAGAGUCUGAGCAUCACCUGGGAAUGAGGGAGAAAUGCAGAUUCUCAGGCCCCACCCAGGUCUACUGAAUCAGAAACUCUGGGCUGGGGCCCAGCCAUCUGUGUUUUCAGGAGCUCUCUGAUUCUGAUGCACACUAAGGUUUGAGAACCACUGAUGGAGAGGGUGAGGAGAAUGACUUUCACUGGCAUUGGGAGGAGAUGACUAUUAAUGAGAUGAUUAAUUACUGUGUAGUGAUGCAGAGGGGACCCAAGCAGAUGGCCCCACCUACCCUCCAGGCCCCUCCAGGCUCCACUCCCUAUUCCCUGAAACAGUGGUUUCAGGGAACCCCACUUAGUCGCAAUUCCACUCCUCCCCUCACACAUUAGCUACUUCCUGCUGGCCUGGCCCCUUUCGUCCUGGAGAGAGACAUGGCCCAGGAGAGGCUGUAGUGAGGCCUCCCAUCUCUAGGGAUGCUGCCUUCCAGGUUCCUGUAAACUGAGCAGCUUCCUCCAGGGCCAUAUUUGAGGGGGAAACAAUUAAACCAUGGCAAUGACCCUGCAUCACCAGAACAACUGUUCUGCACACAGCACCUCUACUGGCGGAGCCAUGCAGGGCCCGGCAGAGAGUGGAGCUGGGUCACGGCCAGGUCGCUGCAGACCACUCCAUUUGUAAUGGGACUGGGGCAUGCAGCAUCACAAUCCGACACUAAAUUGGACGGGAAAUGAAUGGCUUUUCUUGGAAGGGCAGUGACUCAUUCUGGAUGUUACUAAAAGUGAAAAACUAAAACCAAAACAAACCUGCAGCCUCUCUACAGACUGAAUCUGUCUUGGUCCUCGAAUUUCUAAGACCUGCAGAGGUCCCAGUCUCCACCAAUGCCCUUUCCCCCCUACCAGAUGCCUGAGGUCCGGCAACUAUUGAUUUAGUUUUUUGAUUUAUGGCUUAAACUCUGUGACGGUCCACAAACCUUUGGGAGGAGCUAGUUGGCGCUCUCUCGGUUAUUUACAUCUAACUGUGUGCAGUAUCUGUCCACGUAUAAGGAUUUCUGAGACUGGGAGUCAGAGGGCCCGGGCACUGGGCGUUGGGGUGGAAGGAUGGAGGAGGAAUGGGCUGGGAAGGAGCCCAGACACCCAGCCUCGGAGAGCUAGCACUGCUGUGUAGUUCCUGAGUACCCCCUAAUGCCCUAGAGGACAUUUCAUUCCUCCCGCCCAGCUUGGAAAGGUUUUCUGAUGAAAUACCCAAGCAGCUCCUGAAGCCGCAGAGACCACAUGGAGAAUAACUCCGCUCUAAUGGAUUAGAAUAUGCUAACAAGAACAAAGAGGGCUUGCAGGGUGUUUGUGGUGAGAGAGAAUGGGGAAACCAGAUAGCCCUGAGCGCAGAAGACGAAGGGUCUCUUCCUGUCACUUAGAUCCAGAAGAGGUUGUCUGUACAGCCUGGCCUCUCUUUUGAAUUCCCUGACGAAAUGUUGCUCUCCCAAGACUUUAAGGCAAUUUUGUGUGUUUCCCAGAGGUUGGUCCCUUAUUACAAAGCCUCCUGUAGGACAAAAGGACAUGGAACAGGAUGGCAGGAAGUGUGUGGAGAGGCCUUUGGUGGUUCUGGAAGCAGGGAUGGAUUCUGUUCUCGUUGACAGACUUGGACCUAUGUCUGGUCAAGCCAGAUAGGAAGACAUUAUGGACUGAGGGUCAGGAGCGCAGAUGCAGCCACACAGAUGGAGUGAGUGAGUCGUGAGGGGUUUCAUUGGGAAGGCUGGGCAGAGAUGAGGCACACAGUAUGUCAGUGGGCAGGUCACACCAGCCGUUUACACUCGUCAGAAACAAUCGAGAGACCUGAGUCCCAACACCAGCUAGUUCCUCCCAUUCUGAGGAGCAGAGAGGGGCUGGUGCCUCUGGACCACGGAGGUGACACAUCUCCAGAGUCAGGGUCCCACUCCAAGAGAACUUUCAGUCGAAUGAAGUGGAACCCAGUCCUCACGGCCCAGGCGCCUGACGGGGCACCAGACCAGGACCCUGAAAGACAGAGUUGCGUGGGGCCAGUAUGGCUCCUCGACUCUUGCCUUCUCUGCUGUCACAGGUGCCCUCCUCAAAGCAAGAAGAGGAACUUAUCCCUCCUGGCACCCUGGUGUCCAGAGUAGCCCCUGGCCCACAGCAUGUGCUCAAUAAACGGUGAAUUCAGUGGAAUACCAGAGACCACUUGACCUCAGUGAACGGACUGGGUUUGAAAAAUUAAGAUGCUCCAGUGGAGAAAGAUUCCUCCAUUUUUCUUUUAGUGUUUAAGCCAGGGUCCUUCAUAAAGUCAGAUCGAGGAGGCGUGGAAGUGCAGUAGAGGGAGGAUGACAUUCCUGCUUCCCAAAUGGAGAGAGAACGGGAAUGGGGCUGUUUGGAGAGUGACCCCUUCCCAGCUAUAACAGUAAAAGGAGCCCCUAAGCAGAGAACAGGGGCAGGUGGGCCUUGACAAGCCCACUUGCUGCACCCUGUAGGUCGUGGCAGCGUCCCAGCUGAGGAGAGAAAGCCCUCGUCUAUUAAUGACCCAGCCCUGUGCUGCGCUCCAGUCCCUUUUAUCAGACUCACUGCAGAGGAGAUUCAUCAAGAUGAAGCUCAGUUCCCAACAGACUAAUGAAAAGAGAGCAACAAACGUGAGAAGAGCCCAAAUGCAGACAGUGUGUAUUAAUCACAGGCAAUAGAAACAUGUCGGCUUUAAUGUCGGUCUGCUUUUAUCUUGAAAUGAAAAUGCAUCUCUGCUGCCCAGACCCUUUAUUCUGAGCAAUUCAGAACAGAAGUGGGACACACACACAAAUAUUGAGGGUUCUUUUCCCAGCAGAAAGAGCUAUCAGAGAAAUGAGCCCACAGGUUGUGUCUAUUUGCAGAAGCAAAGAAUUCACCACAAGUCUCAGCUACAGACUCCAGCCACUGUGUGGAAAAGGGAGGGGGAGGGAUGGGGAGGCAGCUGCCCUUGGCAAGGGUUCAUUAGGGCAUCUGGGACGAGGGGCUCUGCUUGUGCCUGUGGGUCACAAACAUUAAUGUCACGUGCACCAUCCACUCCUGGAGACGAAAGUACAUCCAUCGUGGUCAACGUGGAGCACCCACCCCCCCGGCUCCCUUAUUUGGCUGCAAAGGAACUGCUGAUGAGCAGGAUUCAAGAGAGGUCAUGUUCAUCUUCACUAGUAAACUUCAAGUGAUGGAGACGGCAACAGCUUUUUGCAGGUCAGGAAGUUAGCCUUGAUACCCACGACUCAUCACUCAAAAAAGCAGGAGAAGAGAGAUUGAGGGGAACAGGUGAGGCUGGGUGGGAGCGACAGCAGCAGGAACCCCUCACCCAGGAGGCCAGGGCUCUGCUAUGUCUUGAAAGCUGUACCCAAGUUUCAGCAAACUAUGGGUAAGUCUGGCCGGGUGACCGCAGAGGCAGUCAGGGCAAUUGCUUCCAAAGUCAGAGCUGAUUGAAGGUGAUUUCAGUUCUUAAUUGAACUAGUCGUGACGGAUCACUCCACUUGAUGCCUCCAGCCUGACCGCAGUAGCUUCUAAAAAUGGCUGUUGCUGCCCUGAGCUGGACAGGCUGGGAAGGAGAUUGAAGAAAACUAGUUGGUGAGUUCAGAACAGAAAUUGCAUGUAGAAGUUGGUUGUUUUCAAAGAAAUCUGUAGGUAUUAGAGUUUGAUGUGUUACAUUAUUGGAAUGGACAUUAUCAUGUCGAUAAGGUAAGAUUCAGAAUGACUUGGUGGGGCAUUAGUUUAGAAAAUUAGUUAACAUAUUGAAUAUAAAUUAUCAGAGACAAGUAGGCUAAGGACAGCUAAAUAUAUGUGUCAUAUGCAUAUACACAUCUAUAAUACAGAAAUAAGUAAGAUAUAGAAUGAAGAUGUUGAUGGUCCCAACACAUUUUAAAUUCUUGAGAAGCAUUGGUUUGAAUGUUACACUUUUUCUUGUUGUUGUUGUUUACUUUGAGCUCUCAAAGCUCUGGAAACAGUGCCUGGCACAUAGUAGGAGUUUGUUAAGCAUUUGGAAAUUGAAAGUCCAGCUUGUCACUACGCAGUAGACACUUACCACUAUCACUAGACCCCAAAUUAAAGGAGCCACAGAGAAGCAGGUCUGCCACACACCCCCCGGGUCAUCAAUGCCUGGCUGAGGAGAAGCCUCGGGGAACUCACAGAUUCAGAGCAACGUUCAGGCAGCUGCAGGCACUGGGUCUUGCUGUCUGGUAGUAAGCAGUGGUGGGAUGUUUGACAUAGUAGGUCUGAACCCCUUGGACCAGAUCUGCAUAUCACUCAACAAGCUAUUUCUCUGGGCAGUGGGGUGGGGCUUCCUUCCUAUUGCCUCUGUCAUUUCCUAAACACUUGGUGGAGUGCUGUUGAAUUUUGCCAACUUCAGGCACAAUUCUGGAACUAAAAGUAAAGGUUCUGGGGGCUCAGCCAGUCUAAAAGGUCUAGUGAUUUCUUCUCCCAGCCCUUCCCUUCUGCCAUAUCUGAGAUGCCACCACCACUUAGGAGCCUUAGAUGGCCAUUUAUGCCCAGCCGCCCAGCCACAGUGUGUAUGGGAAAGGUCUGAGAUGGAGGUGAGCCUUUCUCUCCUCGGAGCCUCUGAGGUGUUGACACAGUAGAGAGAGGAACGACCAGCAGCGUCAUUUUACAGAAUCGCCUUCAAUCGCUGUUCCUGUCUGGGUGGUUAAGGCCAGUCUAGCCAGAGCGUCUCCCACAGUGACCAGCUGCACCUCCGGGGCUGGCAGUGUGUACCUGACACACUUCUGAGCUCUUCCAGCUGCCUCAAAGAGUGAAUCCUUUUAUUCUAGAAAAUGCAUUUAUUUGCUAAAUAUGCUAUUGUGUGUGUAUGAGCGCGAUACAAUGCGAACUUCGGACUAUCUCGUUAGAAAGACUGUAUGCAUUUAUAGAUCAUCGAACCUAAUUUCAGGAGAGCACAUUGUCAUCUUGCUCAGUGAAUGAAGUUGCCGGGUCGCAGAUCAGAGAAAAUGCCCUUCCCCGCCCCCACGCCCUCUCUGAGCACCCCUCCCCUGCCUCACUGAGCUGUCUUGUACUCCAGGCUCACAGAGAGAGGGGCGCUGAGAACCUGUCUGUACAUAACGAUGUAGGAAGAAACAAGAACCGUCACGGGGUCUGUUGGGCUUCUUCCUAAGACUGUGAUCUUACCCAUGUUUGAAUCACAAACUUUAAAUUUCUAACAAUUAAGAUUCUUGCAGUUUCCGAGUAAUUUGUUAAAUGCCUAUUCAACACAGACAGAUAUUUAUUUUCAGCCUUGGCUUGUAAAUGCCUACAAACUGAUUCAUGUUGGUGGUCAUUAUGACACUUUCUGUGAAUUGGUGAAUAAACAUGAUUUUAGAAUUUCACAGUAAA